ACACGAACUAACCGUUUCCGCCUCUCCUUCCUUCACCUAUACAAACUCAUACUCAUACCUCAUGUAGCCCCAUUCUGCUCAAAAUGGGAGCCCAGACCACUUCAAUUGGCGGCCCUCUCGUGCCCACCGUCAAAUCAGAGCCGGCGGAUUCUUCCGCCGCUGCUCCGCCGCCGCACUCGGAGAUGGACCACGACUCUGAUAAGGACAUCCUCUGCCCUAUUUGCAUGCAGAUCAUCAAGGACGCCUUUCUCACUGCCUGUGGCCAUAGCUUUUGCUAUAUGUGUAUCGUCACUCAUCUUCAGAACAAGAGUGAUUGCCCCUGCUGCUCUCAUUUCCUCACUGCUAAUCACCUCUACCCUAAUUUCCUCCUCAACAAGUUAUUGAUGAAGACUUCUGCUCGUCAAACAGCUAAAACUGCCACUCCUUUGGAACAACUUCGCCAGGCACUCGAACGGGGAUGUGAAGCUUCAGUGAAGGAUCUCGAGAGCCUCAUGUCUCUUCUUUCAGAGAAAAAAAGUAAAAUGGAGCAAGAAGAAGCCGAAACAAAUCUACAGAUCCUGCUUGAUUUUAUGCUUUGUCUGAGAAAGAAGAAACUUGAUGAGCUCAAUGAGGUACAAUCUGAUCUAAAGUACAUUAAAGAAGAUAUUCAUGCAGUGGAGAGACGUCGAAUAGAGUUAUACCGUCGAAGGGAUAGAUGUUCGUCUAAACUAAGAAUGCUUGGUGAUGAUCCUUCUUCCAAAUCAGCAUGGCCGUCAGUGGUUGAAAAACAAAGUGGUGCUACAGCCUCCAGACCUUCUCUCACACCUGGCCAAUCCCGCCUUACUUCAGGUGAUCUUCAUAGCAAGAAAGCUGAUGUGAGAUCUUCUGCUAGUCAUUUGGUACUAGGGAAGGAUAGUUAUGGUGGGUCAGACAUCCAGAAUCCUUCUCAAUCAGGACAGGCAUUAGCAAGGAAGAGAAGGGUACAUGCUCAGUUCAAUGACCUACAAGAUUGUUACUUGCAAAAGAGGCGGUAUUGGGCAAAACAAAUGCCAGAGCAGCAAGGGCGUGACUCGCUGAGUUCAAAGAGAGAGGGAUACUCUGUAGGUCUUGAGGAUUUUCAGUCUGUUCUAUCAACUUUCACAAGAUACAGUCGGUUGCGGGUUGUUGCCGAACUCAGACAUGGAGAUCUUUUUCACUCGGCUAACAUUGUAUCAAGCAUAGAAUUUGAUCGAGAUGAUGAAUUAUUUGCUACAGCUGGAGUAUCACGACAGAUCAAGAUUUUUGAGUUUUCAUCAGUGGUUAAUGAACCAGCGGACUCUCAAUGUCCUGUAGCAGAAAUGUCUACUAGAGCAAAGCUAAGCUGUUUAAGCUGGAACAAGUAUGCAAAAAAUCAUAUUGCCAGCAGUGACUAUGAAGGCAUAGUAACUGUUUGGGAUGUGACUACUAGACAGAGUGUGAUGGAGUAUGAGGAGCAUGAGAAACGUGCCUGGAGUGUUGAUUUUUCAUGCACAGAUCCUUCAAUGCUUGUAUCUGGUAGUGAUGACUGCAAGGUCAAAGUAUGGUGUACAAACCAGGAGGCGAGUGUCCUAAACAUUGACAUGAAGGCAAAUAUAUGUUCAGUCAAAUAUAACCCUGGAUCCAGCAUCCAUGUCGCUGUUGGCUCCGCAGAUCAUCACAUUCAUUACUAUGACUUAAGAAAAGUUAGCCAGCCGCUGUAUAUAUUCAGCGGACACAGGAAGGCUGUGUCAUAUGUGAAAUUUCUGUCCAAUGAUGAGCUUGCUUCUGCUUCAACAGACAGUACAUUGCGCCUAUGGGAUGUUAAGGAAAAUGUUCCUCUGCGCACUUUUAGAGGCCAUGCAAAUGAGAAGAACUUUGUGGGGCUAACAGCGAACAGCGAAUACAUAGCAUGUGGUAGUGAAACAAAUGAAGUAUUCGUCUAUCACAAGGCAAUAUCUAAGCCGGCAGCAUGGCAUAAGUUCAAUAAUUCUGAAACAGAAGAAGGCGAAGAAGAUGCGGGGUCCUACUUCAUAAGUGCUGUGUGCUGGAAAAGUGAUAGCCCAACUAUGGUUACAGCAAACAGCCAAGGGACUAUAAAAGUCCUCGUUCUCGCUCCCUGAAACUGCAUGCAUAUGAAAGAAGAAGUAAGUGUAGGGCGAAGUUCUUUACUAACUCUUUCUGUUGUUGGUGUUUGUGGUAUCAUGGGCAAGUUAAUUAUUUGCUUGUAAAUGAAAAUCAUAUUCUUUUUGGGAGAUGUGUUUUCAUAAGCAGGAAAGUAGUAGUUUGGUUUGUUUUUCUAUGUUAUUCGAUUUUGUUUUUAGAUUAGCCUCUGUUUAUAUAAAAUGUUUAGAGAUAAGCUUCCUCGCUGUGGAAUUACAGUUCAGCUCUAAAGAUAUGAAGCUCUUCGUGUUUACAUUUCA